UAUAACAUUAUCAUCAAUUCUCUGGCCGCGAAUGUCCGAUCAAUAGGAAGAGAAGAAAGGAGAGGAACGGAAAAGAGAAGGGAAGAAGAAGAAGAAGAAGAUGGAUGAUGAGAAUGAGAAAAGGGCACACGUACUUGUGGUGUCAUUUCCCAUACAAGGCCACAUCAACCCACUCCUCCAAUUCUCCAAGCUGUUAGCUUCAAAAGGCCUCAAGGUCACUCUCAUCAUCCCCUCCUCCACCACCGAAUACUCCCCAAGCGCCACCCCGAGCUCGAUAUCGGUCGUGCACAUCCCCAAGGGGUACGAGGAUGGCGACACCCUGAGCAUCGAUGAACGCCUCCAGCGGUUUUUUACUGUUGUCACCCGAGCCUUAGGAGAGUUCAUUCGGAAACAGGUCGAGUCCGAGUUCCCGCCCAAGGUCCUAGUGUAUGACUCGACCCUGGCUUGGGCCUUGGACAUAGCCCACGAACAUGGCCUGCAUGCCGCCCCAUUCUUCACCCAGCCCUGCAUGGUUAAUGCCAUACACUACCUGGCGAAUCAUGGCCAGCUCAAGAUUCCAGCGCAGGGCCCAUUCCGUUUGAUUCCGUCAACACCUCAGCUCGAAACGAGUGAUCUCCCAUCUAAUAUUACCGACACCGAAUCACAUCCGGUAUUGAUGUCGUUGGUCCUUAACCAGUUCUCAAACUUGGAGAGAGCCCGAUGGAUCCUGGUCAAUACUUUCUUUGAGCUCGAAGAAGAGGUAGUCAAGUGGAUGAGGACCCUAUAUCCAUUCAUGACUAUUGGGCCAACCAUCCCAUCAAUCUACUUGGAUCAUAGACUGGAAGAUGACAGGGAGUAUGGAUUCAGCCUCUUCAAGCCCGAAAUGGAAUCUUGCAUGAAGUGGCUUGACUCCAAGGAAGCAGCUUCAGUCAUCUAUAUAUCCUUUGGGAGCUUAGCUUUUCUUGGAGAAGAGCAGAUGGAGGAACUAGCUUGGGGGCUCAAAAACAGCGAGAUCCAUUUCCUAUGGGUGGUGAGAAAGUCGGAGGAGAAGAAGCUCCCAGCUGGUUUCUUAGAUGCGAUUGCACCAUCGGACAUGGGCAUGGUUGUGUCGUGGUGCUCACAACUUGAAGUAUUAGCCCAUAAGGCAGUCGGGGGCUUUCUCACGCACUGUGGGUGGAACUCGACAUUGGAGGCCAUGUGCCUAGGAGUGCCAUUGGUGGGGAUGGCUAAGUGGCAGGACCAGCCCACCAAUGCCAGGUUCAUCGAGGACGUGUGGAAGAUCGGGCUUAGGGUGAGGACUGGUGAGAAGGGCAUUGCAAGUAGGGAAGCUAUUGAGGCCUGUGUUAGGGAGGUGAUGGAAGGGGAGAAAGGCAAAGAGAUGAGGAAGAAUUCUUCAAGGUGGCGAGAGUUGGCCAAACGGGCAGUUGGUGAAGGAGGGAGUUCCGAUAAGAGCAUUAAUGAGUUUGUUGCUCAACUUGUACGGUGUUGAUCACACCAUCAUGCCACAGAACACGACUGUCAAUUCAAGACUCCAUUUUCAGAAUUUCGUGAUGACACUCAUUCGGAACAUAUCAUUUGCUAUGCCUAGAUCUGCAUUAUCAGCAGCAGGAAUUUUUAUUAGAAACUGAAUCCCGACUACUGGGCAUCGAAGCGUACGACCGUACAUGUGUGUACGUACUAUAUUGUUUUAAAAGAAAUAAGUUGUCCACACUAUAUUAACAUAAAAGAACUGCUCUUCCCAGUAUCCUGUAAUGAAUCAUGACAUAACACUUGAUUC